GCUUUGGUUUUUAAACUCCCUGGCAGUGCUUUUCUUGUUGUUGUGGUGUGCACUUCUCAGCUAAACUCUGCUCACUGAGAGAGUAGAAUGGCCCACCGAUUACGGCUGUACUUUGGUUCUGGACGCAGCAACACAGCCCCUGAGAUAGAAGAGUUGGAUGGAGCAUCACAGGACUAUGGUUUAACAUUCCACACGCUGCCUCGGCGGUGUGGCCCACCCCCCUUCUCUGGACCGGGACCUUCCCAUCCUGGUGAGGCAGCUUUGAAACGCAGUUCCUCGAUGUUCAUCCCUCAGCUAUUAAACCAGGUUGAGUCUCGGCCGACUAGGAGCUCCUCAGUGCAGAUCUCUUUACAGCGUAAUGGAAUCAGUGAAGAAGACAGAUCAAGCCCAGAUUCUCUUUCAGAGGUUUUACUUGGCCCUGCACCACCUUAUCAGGAACCUUCAAGAAAAUACUCCAGACCCUCAGGCACUCCACCACAUGGUAACACUUUGCCUAGAGUUGUGUCUUUGGACUCGGCCUUACAGAACAGUGACGCUGCUUUUAAGAACAAUGGAGGCAUUUCUAUAUCACCAUCCAGACAGAAUGGGAUCUCAGCAGUAGACACUGCUGUUAUGGGCAAUGGUGCCAUUUCUGUGUCUCCAUCCAGACAGAAUGGGAUCUCUGCUACAGAAACGGUCAGUGGUGCCAGCCCAGGAAUAAAUAUUGGAGGGGUCAGGAUACAUCGCAAUUCCCUGGGUAGCUCCGAUAUUCACCAGUUUCGCAUUUUGCCUUCUGGGCUGGAUUCACAGAAACGAUUGCGGAGGUGGUCUCUUCAGCCCGAUUCUGGUACCGGCAACAGCAAGCGCUGUUUCAUUGUCCAGUUACAACAGAAUCAACCUGGAAUUCCUGAAGUGUCGCAAGAAGAGUGUGCAAACUUGGGUUUCACAGGUAUGAAAGGAGAACAAGUGACCCGGUAUCCCCGGAUUAGGCUUGAAAGAAGCACCUCAUCCCCAGUUCAACCACGAUGCAGAACACCAUGUAGUGGUACGACUAGUGAGCAGCAGAGCGGCAGCAGAGUGCCGAGCUCAGACAGCACAGGCUGCAGUGUGGACGUAGGGGCUGGGGCACCGGCGCAAGGUUGUACUUUUGAAAUCAGGCAGGAGAACAAGAAGAGGCAGUCACAGUUCAGGAUUCUCUUUACUCGGGGUUCAGAAGAUGAAAAGAAAAAUUUAAAUGGUGGCAAUAUGCACCCUAACAGCAGCACACAGACAAGAGAUGACUUCCUUGGACAGGUUGAUGUGCCACUUAACCAUUUGCCAACAGAAGAUCCUGCAAUGGAGAGGCCAUACACUUUUAAAGACUUUUUGCUUAGACCAAGAAGUCAUAAAUCCCGAGUGAAAGGAUAUCUGCGCUUAAAAAUGGCCUAUUUACCCAAGAAUGGAAGUCAGGAAGAAGAAAAUGGAGAGCAAAGAGAAGAGCCAGAGGUUUGGGAAGUGGCUGAUCCUAAUGAUGCAGGAUCACAACGGCAACAGCAGCUACCUCCAAUGCCCCCGGGAUGGGAAGAGAAGAUUGAUAAUUUGGGCCGUACCUACUACGUUAACCAUAACAACAGAACCACGCAGUGGAAACGGCCAACAUUUGUGGAUUUGGCAUCAGAAACUGAAAAUGACAACCAUAUCAGACAAAUCAACCAAGAAGCUCACAGGGUGUUCCGCUCUAGACGACACAUCAGUGAAGACCUGGAGCACGAGCAAAUUGAGACGAGGGAUAUUGAUGACACUUGGGAUUCCAUCUCUGAAGAGGUCAGCCUUCCCGGGGACACCCUGAACCAGUCUCUUCCUCCACCUGCCUCGCCAACUGCAGCUCCUCAGAGCAGCCCUCAAGACUUCUCAGAAGAGCUGAACCGCAGACUACAGCUCUGUCCCGACACAAACGGCGAACAGCUGGGCAUGGUUAUGCAGACUCAGCCAUCAUCCAGACUACGGUCAGCUAGUAUGACGGAUGGAGUCAGUGAACAGGCUCAGCCUCUCCCACCGCAGAACGAGUCUAGGAGAACCCGUGCCCAAACAGUUAUUGGUGGUGAAGAACAAAUGCCAUCACCUAUGGCCUACUUGCAUACCACUCCUGGUUUGCCUCCAGGAUGGGAAGAGAGGAAAGACCUAAAAGGUCGCACCUAUUAUGUCAACCAUAACAAUCGUACAACUACCUGGACCCGUCCUAUCAUACAGCAUACAGAAGACGGGGCCACCGCCUCAACCUCAAACCUCAACAGCCACCUAAGUGAGCCCCAGCUCAGGCGGCCUCGCAGCCUCAGCUCUCCAACAGUAACCCUGUCAGCCCCACUCGAGGGUGCCAGCACUGUUCCCAUUCAUCGAACUGUAAAAGACACAUUUUCCAACCCCCAGUCCCCACAGCCAUCUCCGUACAGCUCUCCCAAACCACAACACAAGACGCAGCAGAGCUUUCUACCCCCUGGUUGGGAAAUGAGAAUAGCUCCUAAUGGCCGGCCCUUCUUCAUUGAUCACAACACUAGAACUACAACUUGGGAAGAUCCACGAUUAAAAUAUCCUGUGCAUAUGAGGACUAAAGCAUCUCUAGACCCAAGUGACCUUGGUCCUCUGCCUCCUGGCUGGGAAGAGCGAGUACAUGCUGAUGGAAGGACGUUCUACAUAGACCACAAUAGUAAAAUUACGCAGUGGGAAGAUCCAAGACUGCAGAAUCCAGCCAUCACAGGCCCGGCAGUGCCAUACUCUAGAGAAUUCAAACAAAAGUAUGACUACUUCAGGAAAAAAUUAAAGAAACCUGCGGAUAUCCCUAAUAGAUUUGAAAUGAAGCUCCACAGAAAUAACAUAUUUGAGGAAUCUUACAGAAGAAUCAUGUCUCUAAAGAGACCAGACAUCCUCAAAGCAAGACUCUGGAUUGAGUUUGAAUCAGAGAAGGGGCUCGAUUAUGGAGGAGUAGCCAGAGAGUGGUUCUUUCUACUGUCCAAGGAAAUGUUUAAUCCUUAUUAUGGCCUUUUUGAAUACUCUGCCACAGAUAACUACACACUUCAGAUUAAUCCCAACUCUGGCCUCUGUAACGAAGAUCAUCUGUCUUAUUUUAAAUUUAUUGGACGGGUAGCAGGAAUGGCCGUGUUCCAUGGCAAGCUGUUAGAUGGUUUCUUCAUCAGGCCCUUUUACAAGAUGAUGUUAGGAAAGCAGAUUACACUGAAAGAUAUGGAAUCAGUGGAUAGUGAGUACUACAACUCUUUAAAAUGGAUUCUGGAAAAUGACCCAACAGAGCUGGAUCUCAGAUUUUGCAUAGAUGAAGAAAACUUUGGCCAGACGUACCAAGUGGACCUGAAGCCCAGUGGAUCUGAAAUGGUUGUAACAAAUGACAAUAAAAAAGAAUACAUUGACCUUGUGAUUCAGUGGAGAUUUGUAAAUAGGGUCCAGAAGCAGAUGAAUGCUUUUCUAGAGGGUUUUACUGAGCUCAUUCCAAUCGACUUGAUAAAAAUCUUUGAUGAAAAUGAGCUUGAGUUGCUCAUGUGUGGCCUUGGGGACGUGGAUGUGAAUGACUGGAGGCAGCACACCGUCUACAAGAAUGGCUACUGUCCAAAUCAUCCUGUCAUUCAGUGGUUCUGGAAGGCCGUGCUGCUCAUGGAUGCAGAGAAACGUAUCCGUUUACUUCAGUUUGUUACUGGAACAUCUCGCGUGCCCAUGAAUGGGUUUGCUGAGUUAUACGGUUCUAAUGGUCCUCAGCUAUUUACAAUCGAGCAGUGGGGCACUCCAGACAAACUUCCAAGGGCGCAUACUUGCUUUAACCGCUUAGAUCUGCCAACCUACGAGUCUUUUGAAGACUUGCGUGAAAAGCUUCUAAUGGCUGUGGAAAAUGCUCAAGGAUUUGAAGGAGUCGACUAAAGAAAAUGGAAGCCAUGCCCAGCUCUGUGACAUUUUCUUUAGUAUGUAUUAGGAGUGACUCUACGGUGGCGUUUGUAAGAGAAAGCUAUCUUCUAUGACUGUAACUAUUCUGAAUUCCUGGUCGUCACAUGUAACCUCUACAUUACGCUGAUGUUAAUAAUACGGACUUCUGCGUGCAAAGAGAAAUGGUGGCCCACUUUCUGUCCGUGGGUCAAGGCACAAUGUGAUAAUAGUACACUGAAAACGUUGGGCUCACUUUUUUUACUGCUGUUGUAUUACGCCUUGUGUUUACUUUAGGAAUGAUGCAGAAUUUGUAAGAUUUGUCUGCCAUUUAAAUGGCCACAGCAUUAACCAAGAACCUUUUCCCAGCUAAACUUCUUUACGCCUGUUUAACAAGAAUGUAUCAACUGGAUUGUUUUCUAAGUCUGUUAACAUGAAGUCAGUUAUAAACUUAGGUUAAAGGUUUUUGUUUUGGGGGAGGGGAGGUUGAGGGUGGCCUUCUUUUUUAAAAUUAUAACUAAGUUUUACUAAUUCAUGUAGCAUAAUUUUAAAUGAUGGAGGUGAGAGUAUUAAUGUGAAUGAAAACUGAAAUUAAAAAUAAAUCUUAUUAGAAAUGAACUACAGUAGGGUCACACUAUCGUCACCACCUAAUCAAUGCAAUGUCACUUCUUUAAAAAAGAGACAGAAACACUGUUUUCUAAAGAUAUUAGACUAUUAAAACACAAAUUAUGUGUGCGGUUUUAUGCAUAAUAUACUGCAGACAUACACUUGACCCUCCUGAUACUGCUUGUUUCCAACACACUACUUACUCAUCAACGUGUAUUCUUUAUAUUUUCUUGAAAAGUCCCUAAUGGUCAGUGAUGGAAGGAUCAAAAUAUGAGCAGGACGAGACUGGACGUUUAGUUUACACACUCGCCCUAGUAGGGGCUCACGUUACCUUGUUCACCCCUCAGUCUGUCGGUUUCCCACUUUACGCUCCAAUUCCACUGAAGCGCACUUUAUGCAUCACGUGUUGCAUUUUUACGUUAAUCUGAAUGUGUUUCUAUUCCUUGAACGCACCUGUUUGUGUGGUGCCUUGUUUCUUUUUUUUUUUGUCUGUAAAUUUGAUUAUUUCUGAUCAUUUUUAAAAUGCUGCUGGUUCCCAUCUCUUAUUUUGUGUAUACAGAAUGUUCACUUACUUGUUUUUGGUUACACUUAUGUUUUAGCUCAAACUCCUGUCAUAUAAUUCUUGUACAGUAUAUAUACAUGUAUGUGUAUAUUUGUGUUUAUAGGUGUAGUCUACGGAGUGCACAAGUCCGGUCGCAUGCAGUCAUCUCGCCCUAGGAUCUCUUAGGAUGUGGGACUGUCCUCUCACAUAAGACAAGUGAUCGUCUCCUUCAUCAAACUUGAUUAAACUACUCCGCCCGUAUUAUUGUUGCACCUACCGUAUGUCUCUCACGACCCUUUGACAUUACAUCGUAUCCCACUGCCGCACCACACAGAGCUUCGUACACUUUAAAACUUUAAAAAGCAUCGGCAUGGACCCCAGCAAAAACCAAAUGGUAGUUAGGGUUGCAGGCUGUUGCAUUUGUCUUUGUAGAUAAAAAUGGCGACAAGCCUAAGGAGGGAUUUUCUGAUUCCAGAUCCUUGUUUUCCAUUCUCUAGAAAUCCAGAGAAAGUUUGCAAAUUUAUGAAAUCACAAAUGUCAGGCCACAGUUGAACAUGUUGUGACGUAAGUGGUGGCUUCAGGAUUUGUUUUCUGAAGACCACAGAACUAUUAGCACCCCAACUUGGUAAAUUUGUAUUUAACAGGGGAAGAAAAUAAGCGACUUUGAAACGUCUCUCUGUGUAUAUACACUAUUUUUUAAUUCCUAUGAUAUCCAAUUUUAUGUAAAUAGGUUUGCUUAUAUCAGAUUGAAACAUUUGGGGAAAAUACAAAAAUAAUUGAAUAAUCGACAAGAGAACGAGGCGAGGGAAACGCCCCCCCUUGGACAAAUGAAAGUAGACAACUGGAAGUGUAACAGAUGCAGGCGUUUGGGGGGAGGGCAGCAGGGACGCGUGGUCACCCUGCGCGGCCGCCAGCCAUACCAAAUGUUAGUAGCCUGCGCAGCAAGCAGCUCCUUGUACAUGGAAGGUUCGACUCCUGGAUUUCCAUGUGACAAAAACUGAUUUAGAAGUAUUUUACUACUGCUGUUAUUUUUCCUUUGAGGCUUGUUUAAUUUCUUUGCAAGUUAAUAUUGGUUUUCAAACACAACUGAAACCAUCAUGAUGGCUGCUUAAAAACAAAUUCUGAAGUAUUGUGAAUUUUUACUGCUUUAAACUACUGAAUAAAUAAUCUCUUUACACUUCGGAUAUUUUUUCUUUAUGGUAAUGUCACCACCUAAGGCCUUUUUCAGUUUUCUACUUCUCAAAUUGAACUGAUCACGUGUUUUGUUUUUUUUUUUAGUUGUUCAACACUUCUUUAAACAAAGAUUGACCAUAAGCAAUGCUUAUUUUAUAGAAAGAUGGAUUAGUUUUUCACUGUUUUCAAUGUGGGAUGAAUCAGAAAUCAAGAGAUUGCUGGAAAUGUCGUGCCGAGUCCUGGUGUUUUAGUGCAGCUCCAUGUUUCUGUGUAUUGAGAUACCAAACUGAAGUGAACUCUCACACUGUCUUAGUUGAGUUUGCUCGACUCUUCUUUUAAAAAAAAAAAAAAAAAAAAAGAGUUUGACAAUGUAUGGAGUGCUCUUGAAAAUGAAGAGAGGAACUGAUGUAACAAAACAAGUUCUAUAAAUCCUUUUUUUGGUUUCUGCGUACAUGGAGUUGCAUUGUGUUAGCAUUGCUUUUGUGACGUAACACACAUUCCAGACAAAUGCAUAAGGAGCCCGAGGCGAGACCUCCGAAAGCACAGGAGGUUUUAUGAUCGCUCAGGUAAAGUCAUUUGCAGGCAUGGACAUGUAGCAUGUUCGUGAGCGUUUUCUCAUUCGUGUGGCUAGACGUUGAGAUGAAAGCAGAACUCUGUAACUCCAUCUUUCUCAGUUUAUGGGCUGAGUGGAUGUGCUCAUUGGUCUUUAUUCCCAUUCUGUUUUUUUUUUGGUUUUUUUUUGUUUUGAGUUUAUCUACUUCUGAAACUCUGCAGGAUCCAGUGGUCAUCUGCAACCUGGGAAAAUGUUGUCUUAGGCCACGGAAUAUUGACACGCGUCUUACUUCUGCCUUUCUAUCAUGUGCUUUACAAACGGUAAAUGAGAUUGUAUAAUCUUGUAUGACAUCGCAGCCUUUCUUAUCUCAGCAGUUCAACUGAUCUUGUCUGUAAAUGGGAUACACAGUCUUAAUAAAUAAAUCAA